AUGAACGGGAUGACGUUCAGCGAGUUGAUGUACCUGUUCUGCUGCCCACCCCUGCCAUCCCGCAUCGCCGCCAAGCUGGCGUUCCUUCCGCCGCCAAUUACUUACGACUUCACGCCGGUCGACAGUGGUGAGACCAAGUACCAUAUCAAGUUCAACGACAAGGCCGAGUGGCAGUACACUGACAGUGACGUGCAGAACAUCGAGGGAUUCUACGCUCGCACGUCCCGUGGAAAUCGCAUAGCGUGUAUAUUUGUGCGAUGCUGUCCCAAUGCCCGAUACACCAUACUGUUCUCGCAUGGAAAUGCCGUCGACUUGGGCCAAAUGAGCAGCUUCUACCUAGGACUGGGUAUGAGAAUCAACUGCAACAUAUUCAGCUAUGACUAUUCCGGUUACGGCAUCAGCAAGGGUAAGCCAACCGAGAGGGACUUGUAUGCCGACAUUGACGCUGCUUGGCAAACAUUGAGGACUACCUAUGGAAUCAGCCCUGAGAACAUUAUACUGUACGGCCAAAGCAUUGGUACCGUGCCCACUGUCGACUUAGCGUCUAGAUAUGAAGUGGGAGCUGUAGUCCUUCAUUCGCCUUUGACAUCCGGCAUAAAAGUAGCGUUUCCUAGGUCCAAAAGGAAAUGGUUCUUUGACGUGUUUACCAGUAUCGAUAAGGUAUCAGAAGUUAAUUCACCCGUGCUCGUCAUACACGGAACACACGACGAAGUAAUUGAUUUUUCACACGGUGUCGCUAUUUAUGAAAAAUGUCCUAAAGCAGUUCCACCAUUAUGGGUUGAGGGUGCUGGACACAAUGAUGUAGAAUUGCAUAAUGUUUAUUUGGAAAGACUUAAACAAUUUGUUACUACUGAACUGCUCAACUGA